AUGAUAGAGGGCUACUCCCACGUAGCCCAGGCCCUCCUAGGGACUCUGUUUACCUGGGGUCUGACCGCCGCCGGGGCCGCCACCGUCUUUGUUUUCUCUGGCCGACAGAGGCACAUAUUGGAUGGAAGUUUAGGAUUUGCAGCAGGGGUGAUGCUGGCUGCGUCCUAUUGGUCAUUGCUGGCGCCGGCGAUCGAGAUGGCUAAGGAUUCUGGGACGUAUGGCUCAUUUGCGUUUCUGCCUGUAGCCAUUGGCUUCGCACUCGGGGCUGCUUUUGUUUACUUGGCUGACGUGGCCUUGCCCUUUUUGGGUGUAUCCGCCGAUCCUAACAUUGCUUUGGCCCUUGCUUCAGAAUCUAAGAUGGUCAAAGAGAAAGAAGAGGAACAGUUUUACCAAUUUUCUGAAUCCCAAGCCAUCAAGCUAGGUAGAGCCGGACCUCUUACAGAAGAGGGGAUUCAACUCCCCAGAAAGAGAGUAUCUCAUUGGGCUUCGUCGGGUGAUCAUGAAACAGAAAACAAACAUCUCGGAUUGACUGGCCAUUCAGGAAGCAGCUGGAGACGCAUCCUUCUUCUAAUCCUCGCCAUUACUAUUCACAACAUUCCAGAGGGGUUAGCAGUUGGAGUUGGAUUCGGGGCCAUUGGGAAGACUUCCUCUGCAACGUUUGAGAAUGCCAGAAAUCUGGCUGUUGGUAUCGGCAUCCAAAAUUUCCCAGAAGGCCUUGCCGUCAGCUUGCCACUUCGAGGCUCGGGCGUUUCGACGUGGACUGCCUUCUGGUACGGGCAGCUCAGCGGCAUGGUUGAGCCUAUCGCCGGGCUCCUAGGCGCCAUCGCCGUGGUGUUGGCCGAGCCCGUGUUGCCUUACGCGUUGGCGUUCGCUGCCGGGGCCAUGGUUUACGUGGUAGUGGAUGACAUCAUACCUGAGGCUCAAGUCAGUGGAAACGGGAAACUGGCCUCCUGGACUUCUAUAUUGGGCUUUAUCGUGAUGAUGUCGCUCGAUGUGGGACUGGCCGGAUGA